AGCUCCAAAUGAUUCGCAAGGUGGUGGUGGGCGUGUCGGGGGGCGUGGACAGCGCCGUCAGCGCCCACCUGUUGGCGGAGCGGGGCUACCAGGUGCUCGGCGUCUUCAUGCGCAACUGGGACGAGAUGGACGAAGUGGGUCGCUGCAGCGGGGAGGCGGAUCUCCGGGACGCGGAGUGGGCGUGUCGCCGCCUCGGCGUGGAGCUGCGCCAGGUGAACUAUGUGCGCGAGUACUGGACGUCGGUGUUCAGCCAGUUCCUGGAUGACUACCAGCAGGGCUUGACCCCGAAUCCGGACAUCCUGUGCAAUCGUCACAUCAAAUUCGACCUCUUCCACCGUCACGCCAUCGGGAAUUUAGGCUACGAUGCGGUGGCCACCGGUCACUACGCCCGCAACAGCUGGGGCAACUUUCUGGAGCGGAUUACCCCCGAAAGCGAAGCCCGUUUGCUCAUACCCGCCGACACCUUCAAGGAUCAGACCUUCUUUCUGGCCGGGAUUCCCCAGCGGGCCCUCCAACGCACCAUGUUCCCGCUGGGCGACCUGCACAAGAGCCAGGUGAAGCAAUUGGCUGGGAAGAUUGGCCUACAGCGGCUGGCCGAGAAGAAGGAGAGCACGGGCAUUUGUUUCGUGGGCAAGCGCAAUUUCAAGGAUUUCAUAAAGGAGUACAUCUCGUCCAGGAGAGGACCCUUCCUGGACAUCGACAGUGGUGAUAUAGUGGGCCACCACGAGGGCAUUCAUCAGUGGACGGUGGGCCAGCGCUGCCGCCUCAGUUCCUACCGGCAGCCCUACUUUGUGGCCCGCAAGGAUGCCAAGAUCAAUGCCAUCUAUGUGGCCUCGGGUCACGAUCAUCCCGCCCUGCUUAGCAACCGCAUAAACAUCGAUCCGCCCAACUGGCUGUGCGAGGAGUCCAGGAGGAGGCUGGUCGAGGAGAGAAGCCUGCGAUGUCGCUUCCGUUUCCAGCACACCAAGCCAUUGGUGGGUUGUCAAUUGAAGAUGGGAGCACCAGGUAGUGACUAUCUAGUCCAGUUAGAUGCUCCUUUGAGAGCCAUUACUCCCGGACAAUAUGCUGUAUUCUAUGACGAGACGGCCUGCCUAGGUUCAGCCCGCAUUCUCAGCGCAGAUCCUCUAGAGAAACGGGAACGCGAGGUGCUCAAAACUGCCGUGUGA